UAUAGAGUCUCGCGCGGGCUUAACCGACAGAUGCAGUUGGAGAACUCUUGAGAACAGACUAGCAAGAAAAAAGCUGCACAUGUUCAAAGCAUUGUUGCAAUGCCAAGCCUAGUCACAUUGACUCCAAGGGAACCACAGGACCUUAACAUGGACAUUGACAAGAAGACUGUUGGAUACAGCAGCGGAGGAAACUUAAAGGCUCGGCCUCAGUCUAAAUCAUCUCAACCAGCCAACACAGAAGAGCUCUGUUUUGAUGAGAUGUCGCAGUGGUCGCAAUCACUUGACAGACUUCUAUCCUCAAAAUAUGGGAUGAAGAUCUUCCAGGCCUUCUUAAAGUCUGAGUUCAGUGAUGAAAACCUGGAGUUUUGGGUGGUGUGUGAGGAUUAUAAGAAGAUCAAAUCUUCGUUCCGAAUGUCCUCCAGAGCCAAAAAGAUUUUCAAAUGCUAUAUUCAAGCAGAGGCUCCACGAGAGAUCAACAUUGAUCACAAGACGAGGGAGGUGAUCAGGACGAACAUUAAGGUGCCGUCCUCUGUGUGUUUUGACGACGCCCAGAAGAUCGUCUACGGAUUAAUGGAAAGGGACUCAUACCCACGUUUCCUAAAGUCGGACAUUUACAGGACUUUGUUGAGCUCAACGUCAGAAUCGAUGAGGACGUAAAGAAGCUACGCCGUGCUGUAAAGCAGGGUCAAGAACUGGACUGACUGAGAAGUACACCAUCUCUGUUUGUUUGAUUGGGAUCUGAGGUGACGACCAUCAGACUAGAGACAUUCUGAAGAAUUGAGAAUUCUGAGAUUCUCGUUCCCACUUUAACUCUCCCUGAGAUUUUUAGCUUUCUUGUAAGAAAAUAAAUUAUGGGUGUGCUUAGCGAAAAUGACUCUGACAACGCAGCUGAUGUGAAUGGAGCUGGAAAGCAAAAGUCUUCCCAAAGAGGUGAUGAUUGUGCAAUAAAAAAAUUCUGGGGACUUUCUACGAGUGACAGCUGAAACUUGACGAAAUGAAUACAGUCCCUCCCACCAAGAAUGAAAGCGUACAGAGGGGAUUAUCUACAAUUGCAUUUCCACUUAAGUUUAUUGUUAUCCCACUAAAGCAAUAUCUAAGUAGACGCUGUAAGAGAUGUGAACUUAUGUUGUUUUUUUUAUUCUUAAAGUAUUGGCUUUACACAUGCAAAAAGUUUCCAUUCUGACAUCAUCGCGGACAGACUGAGCUGAUAUGUUACAACUGUAAUGAAAUUAUAUAAGCUAUUUGUUUUAUAAAUACUUGUGAUUGUGUAAAUAUGUACCUUCAAACUGAUUUGUGAUGUUAAAUAAACAAAUAUGGGACCC